AUGAGUUUCCUUGAAGAACUGAUGAAACAAAAACAAAAACUGAAAGAGACAGAAACAGUAGUGACGAGUGUAGACGGACAGAGACACAUAGAGAAAGGUGAUACGAAGACUGUAUCUAAUUUGAGCCGCAGUUAUGGUUUUGUAGUGGACACUAAACCUGACAAUGUACCUAUAGAAAUUGUAGAUUACCUGUACAUAGGCUCACAAGAUUGUACAGAAAAAAGUGUGUUAGACGCAUACAAUAUUAAACAUGUCCUUAGUGUAGGUAUAAAUGUAGACGUUACCGUGGAUCAAAAGUUUGUAGAAUGUUUAGAUCUGCCCGAAACUGACGUGACAUCGGUUCUAAAUGACAGUCUACCGUUUAUUCAUAAAGGUAUCAGUGAAAGAGAGAAUGUGUUGGUCCAUUGCAAUGCGGGUGUAUCGAGAACGUCACUGGUGACUAUAGGAUAUUUGAUGCAUUACUAUAACAUGAUAUAUGAUGAAGCAUAUAGGGUUGUUAAAGAGAAACGGCCAGCAAUACAACCGAAUGCCGGAUUUAGAAAACAAUUGAUGAAUUUAAAAGCAGGCAAUGUUCUUAUGAAUCACUUGGAGUGAUGCGGGCACUGGGCGGUCGUAAAGAUUCAUCAUGUAACGCUGUAUGGAUAACUAUAAAAUGCUUAUCAUUAAUUCUUUGCAUUUUGGUGGAAAAUAAUAAUAAGUAUAUUAGUAGAUGUCCGGGAUUUAUUUUGUGUAACUUAUAUGUUGUAUUUUUAUAGUUUAACAGUUUUCAACCUACAAAGGCAGUAUAUAAUUCAUUUAUUCUCAGAUCGUUAAAUAACUAAUUUGUUUGGCUAUAAAUCUCUGCAGGUUGACAAUGGAUGUAAUUAAAACAAAAAUGUUUAACAUAGUGUUUACUUGAUAAUACUAAGGCAUUAUUACCUAAGUACUAGGCCAAACUUCAAAUAUAGUGAUUUUUUCGGAUUACGUGUACUUACAAUAAGUAGCACCAAAUUCAUAAGGUUCCUGAAACUAAAGCUAAGCUUAAACUUAAUCAACAUGUAUAAAAUUUUAUAAAUAUCCGUCUGUACAAUAAUAGCUUAUAACAUGAGCCGUUUGUAUAUUUCAAUACAUAAAUUUACAAACAAAAGUUCUUUUUAUUUUAUAAUUGUUAUUAUAGCUAACGAUGUACGCUUGUUAUUAUGGAUGUUUAAAGAAAACUAAGUAAUAUAAUUAACUUGAAACUGACAAAUUGAAACCUUCAAAAGUAGUUAUUAUUAGUAUUUAACAAUAAACACACAUUUUCUAAAAAACUUGAUAUAAACAUAUAUCAUCUCCAUCUUGUAGAACACGUAUUUAUUUUUCAUUAUAAAAUUAUGAAGCUAGUAAAAGCACCGCUGAAAUAAAAUCCGAUCAAGCAAGAGUAAAAAUUUAUUUUAGGCAGUGACAGGGAAUUAAGUUAUACGCUAUAGCUCCUACCGCAAUGUGUUAUGUUCUUUAUCGGGCACAGCACAGCCUGAUAUUUAAACAUUUCUACUUAACAAAUACCUUAAUUCCCCGCCAAACUGCACAUUAUCCAUUAAAUAUAGCAUUUGUUAUAUUGCCGCAUAGUAAAGCUAAAACAAAUAAACCUAAAACUAACGUCAAAAUGAACACUAGACAUUUG